GAUUGAGUGUGCUAUCAGCUGAUAAGAAUCGAUCACCCUAUUGCUCCGAGUAAAAUAUUUAUCAAAUAGAUUUAUUGCAUUUAAAUAUAGUUAUAAUGUACGCAAGACUUAUCUGCAGCGCGGGCGCGAGUGCCAGGUGCUUUGCCACAGCAGCCAUUCCAAAAGUGCGUCCCAUCAGCAAGAUCCUGAUUUCGAACCGAGGGGAGAUCGCCUGCCGCGUUAUUAGGACGGCCCGCAAACUGGGCGUCCGAACCGUGGCAGUCUUUUCCGAUCCUGACGAGAAGAGCCUGCACACGCAGCUGGCGGACGAGGCGUACCGCGUGGGCGAGGCCGCCUCCUCCGCCUCGUAUCUGCGCGGCGAACACAUCCUGGACAUAGCCAAGCGUUCGGGCGCUCAAGCUAUCCACCCGGGAUACGGCUUCCUGUCCGAAUCCGUGGAGUUUGCCGAGCUGUGCCAGCGUGAGGGCAUCAUCUUCAUGGGCCCACCCAGCUCCGCCAUCCGGGACAUGGGUAUCAAGAGCACCAGCAAAGCCAUAAUGGCUGCUGCCGGAGUGCCCAUCAUCAAUGGCUACCACGGCGAGGAUCAGUCGGAUGAGUGUCUGCAGCGAGAGGCCCAGCUCAUCGGCUUUCCCCUGAUGAUCAAGGCUGUCAGAGGCGGCGGCGGCAAGGGCAUGAGGAUCGCAGAAAAAGCGGAGGACUUUCUCACCGCCCUCAACUCGGCGCGCAAUGAGUCGCAGAAGUCGUUCGGCGACAGCUCCGUUCUGCUGGAACGCUAUGUCCGCUCGCCCCGCCACGUGGAAGUCCAGGUCUUUGCGGAUCAGUAUGGCGAAGCCGUCUACCUGUGGGAGCGGGACUGCUCUGUGCAGCGCCGCCACCAGAAGAUUAUCGAAGAGGCGCCAGCUCCUGGUUUAUCGGAAGAACUGCGUCGGGAGCUGGGCGAGGCCGCUGUACGUGCUGCCAAAGCUGUGGGCUACGUUGGAGCAGGCACCGUGGAGUUCAUCCUGGACAAGGAGGACCUCUCCUUCCACUUUAUGGAGAUGAACACCCGCCUGCAGGUCGAGCAUCCCAUCUCGGAGAUGAUUACAGGCACAGAUCUGGUUGAGUGGCAGAUUCGCAUUGCCGCCGGAGAGCCUCUGCCGCUGAAGCAGUCGCAGAUCACUCGGCGCGGUCAUGCCUUCGAAGCGCGCAUCUAUGCGGAGAAUCCUCGUGGUGGUUUCCUGCCCGGAGCAGGACCACUGCGCUAUCUGUCUACUCCCCGGACAAGUGCCGAUGUGCGCGUAGAGACGGGAGUUCGCGAGGGGGACGAGGUGUCUGUCCACUAUGACCCCAUGAUUGCCAAGCUGGUCGUUUGGGGAGAGAAUCGCGCUCAGGCACUCAACUCUUUGGUUGCCCGCCUAGGCGAGUAUCAUAUCUCAGGUCUGGACACGAACAUCAACUUCCUCAUCGAUCUGGCCUCGCACCCGGAAUUCCAGGCGGCCAACGUACACACGGGAUUCAUCGAUGAGCAUUUCGACACUCUCUUCCCGCCAAUUGCCAUCAGUCCGCAGCAAGUAAGCCAAGCUGCUCUGGCACUGGUAUUCACGGAGUUGCAGGCAGCCUGUAGCAACGGGAACGGAGGCCAAGAUCCCUUCCUUGCCACGCCCAAUGCCCGCCUCAAUUACUCCUUGAUCCGCACCUUGACUUUGAAAGCCAAUGAGAAAGUUUACUCCGUGGCUGUCAAGUUUGAUGGCGAGGAUGUGCAAAUACAAGUGGACAAUGGCGAUUGGCAAACGAUCAAGGCCGAGAGAGUGCAAGAUGGCGGUCGUUUGAAAAUCCGUGCCAAUAUCGAUACCAAUAUCACCACUUACAAUGCCAAUGUUGAUGGACCCAGUGUCAGUUUGUUUUUGGAGAGUGGCAAGCUUGACUUUGAGCUGGCAGAGCCAAAGUUCUUGAGUGCUCAGGGUGAUCAGCUAGGAGCAGGAGGCGGCCGCGUGGAGGCACCCAUGCCGGGAGUGCUGGAAAAGGUCCUGGUGAAGCCAGGAGACCAGGUCAAGAAGGGUGACAGUUUGGCCGUGCUUAUUGCCAUGAAAAUAGAGCACAUCCUUAAGGCUCCCAAAGACGCCACUAUCAAGUCUAUUGGAGGAGCCGAGGGCAAAAACGUGGCCAAGGGAGAGUCCGUGAUCACAUUUGUCGACGAGGAGGUUGACAAAUAAAAUAGAACUGGGAAUCGACUACGUACCAGAUUUUGUUGCAUUUACCUACACGUUUAAUUGUCUAAGAAUCUUAUUAUCAGGGAAAACAAUGUGCAUUUAUAAGAGUUAACUGUAAUUCUGUCCGUUUAAUGGAAUUUUAUUGUGUUUUUUUCCCACGGCAUUAAAAUGGUCCAACUGUUGAUCAAAUGUGUUUUAGCAGACGAGUCAGAGAGCCAACGGUGAUAGUUUUAAAAAAAUGUUUUAUUCGUUUUAAUUUUUGUUGAAUGUUAAUGGAUGUAUAAGAUUUAUUCAGUUUGUCAAACACACAUUUCCUAAAUGUGAUUUAUAUCUUUAUAAAUACAUAAUUUAAAAUUGAGUUCCGUACAUAA